AUGUGUUGCAACUACUACAGCAACUCCUGUGGCUAUGGCUGUGGAAACAGCUAUGGCUGUGGAUUUAGCCCCUAUUAUGGCUGUGGAUAUGACUGCGGCUAUGGCUACGGGUGUGGAAACAGCUAUGACUGUGGGUUUAGUCCUUAUUAUGGCUAUGGAUGUGGCUGUAGAUAUGGUUCCCAUUAUGGCUGUGGCUAUGGAACAAGAUAUGGCUGUGGAUAUGGCUCCUACUAUGGCUGUGGAUAUGGCUCUGGUUACAGCUGUGGAUAUGGGACUCGCUAUGGCUGUGGAUAUGGCUCAGGAUACGGCUGUGGAUAUGGCUCCCCUUAUGGCUGUGUUUAUGGAACAGGAUAUGGCUGUGGAUAUGACACUGGCUACUGCUGCUACUGGCCAGUUUGCUACUGGAGAUGUUAUUCUUCUUGCUGCUAA